GAGUGAGGGAUGCAACUUUCAAACGGCAGAGGGCAACAGAGUUCUUCAAUUAACCAAUAUCAAUUAUCUCAGGGCAGUAUGUGUUGGGAAAUGUGAAGAGGAAAAUAGAAGAGGCAGCAGGAGAGAAAAACAGCUGAAGAGAGAAGGAAUAAAAGGUCUAUUUCAGAGGAAGAAGAAAGAAGCAAACCACUCAGCAGUGUCUUGUGUUUGUCUAAAUCUGAUGCUUUAGCACUCUGGCUUGGAGGAAGAAGUUGAGAUGGAGUUUUUACAGAUGUGCAGCUUCAUCUCAUGGUUCCUCCUGGCUUGCACAGAGGCAUCCAUGUAUGGAGAGAUCCUCUCUCCAAACUAUCCUCAGGCUUAUCCCAACGACGCUCUAAAAUCCUGGGAAAUAAGCGUUCCUCCAGGGUAUGGCAUCCGCCUUUACUUCACCCACUUGGACAUAGAACCAUCUCAGAACUGCGAGUAUGAUUUUGUGAAGGUUGUGUCUGGUAACCAAGUAGAAGGUCAACUUUGCGGUCGGAAGACAAGACGCCAUCCUGGUUCUUAUAUUCUGGAGGAAUUUUAUGUCCCCUACAAUACCUUGACUGUCACCUUUCAGUCUGACUUUUCCAAUGAAGAGAGAUUCACUGGGUUUGCUGCUUAUUAUACUGCAGUGGAUGUGAAUGAGUGCACAGAUUUUGUAGAAGAACCUUGCAGUCAUUAUUGCAAUAACUACAUUGGUGGCUACUUUUGCUCUUGCCCAGCUGAGUAUUUCUUGCAUGAGGAUCAAAAGACAUGCGGAGUGAACUGCACUGGGAACAUGUUUACUGAACUAUCUGGCGAAAUCACCAGCCCCAACUACCCUGACUUAUAUCCGGAGAAUUCGCAGUGUGAUUACCGUGUGUCUUUGGAGCCAGGAUAUCGGGUUGUCCUGACCAUUGGAAAGAAGGACUUUGAUGUGGAGCCAGCUGGUCUGGAAGGAAACUGUCAUGAUGCCUUAAGGAUCUUGGCAGGAGAUGAACAUUUUGGCCCCUACUGUGGCAAUAUAUUCACCGGGCCUCCAGAAAUCAAGACUAGAAGCAAUAUUGUUGACAUCUUCUUUCAAACAGAUCAUGCAAUGCAAGGCAAAGGCUGGAAACUGCGCUACUUUGGGGAUCCAAUGCCCUGUGCGAAGACUGUUAUUCCAAAUUCUUUUCUGGAUCCCGUAAGAGACCGCUAUGUCUUUAAGGAUUCUGUAAUGGUAUCUUGUGCAGAAGGCUAUGAGGUUGUGAUGCCACAAGGCAGCCUUACAUCCUUUCACUCAAGGUGUCAAAGCAAUGGCCAGUGGAGCAACUCUGACCGCAGAUGUGUCCCUGUAAAUUGUGGCAUUCCUGAUCCUAUUGAAAACGGGGCAGUCAUUUACCUGUCAGGAUUUGAAGAGACUCAUUACCAAGCCACUGUCCGCUAUGAUUGCAAUGAACCCUAUUAUACACCAAAGCGCAAUGGAAAAGGAGUUUAUCGGUGUUCAGCCAGUGGGAAAUGGGUAGAUGAAGAAGAGAAAACAGAACUUCCAGUUUGUGUCCCAGUCUGUGGAGUUCCCCAUACAUCUAUUGAAGAAACAGGGAGGAUUUUUGGAGGUACAUUUGCUAAAGAAGGAAACUUCCCUUGGCAGAUCUAUUUUGAAAAUCCCCGAGGUGGUGGCGCUCUAAUUUCAGACCGAUGGAUACUUACAGCAGCCCAUGUGCUGGAUGGACAUCCAAACCCAACUGUCUAUGCUGGUCUGCUCCUAGUUGGCCCCAAUGCCAUGAAUGAAGCUAGCCCACUCGAUGUGGCUGAGCCAAUCAUCCAUCCCAAGUGGGCAAAAAGUACAGCAGAAUACCAGACUAACUUUGAUAAUGACAUUGCUUUGUUGAGACUGAAGAAACCUGUGACACUAGGGCCCACCAUUUCCCCAAUCUGCCUUCCUGGUACAUCUUCUGAAUAUGAUCCGCAAAUUGGGACCACGGGAUUUGUAGCUGGCUGGGGCAGCACGGAAACUCGGAAAUCAUCACUGAAACUCAGGGCAGCCAAGAUCCCAGUGCAUGAUAUGGAUAUGUGCCGGAGAGUGAAGCCAGAUCCUCCUGCAGAUGCAUUGACCUAUGUCUUCACAGAAAAUAUGAUUUGCGCUGGGGAUGGCCGAAGGGACAGCUGUCAUGGGGACAGCGGUGGGGCAUAUGCUAUCCAAGAUCCUCAUAAUGAGACACGCUACUAUGUUGCUGGCUUAGUUUCUUGGGGCCCAAAGUGUGGCACUUAUGGUCUUUACACUAAGGUGGCAAACUAUGUGGAUUGGAUUGCAGGAGUCAUGAGCCAGUACAGAGAACCAGAAGACUAGUUGCAUCUACAUCAUGGUCACUGCUUGUCUCCCCAGGCACCCACUGACUAUAUUAAUUUGUUCAUUUCUAAGUGCUAGCACAUGAAAGGGAUAUUUGGAGCUAAGGUUUAUAUGACUACAAUCUGCUUUACAUUGCCUGUUUUCUUCUUCUGAAAAGCAAAAUAGCCGCAGCUCUGAAUGCUUUGUUAUGUAUGACUGGUAGAUGAUGCUAAUUCCUGUUAACAGGAAUUCAAUGCAGUUUCUCCUAUAGUUUGAACCAGCUGGGGAAGGUACAGUCUUGGUGUGCAACUAAUCAUUCAUUUUAGCAGUCCUUGUGCAGGAAAAUCAUCUCUGACAUAUUGGAUAGUCCACUGUGUAAGUUAGUGUUUUGUGGGUGAAUUUGGAAAUGCCAUUUGCCAUUCCUUUGAGCACCAAAAUCAAAGACUGAUGCUGUGUGCCCCACCUGGGUGGUGACACUUAUGUUAUACUACUAUUCCCCCAAGAUAUUUGGGUUUCUUGCAGAAAAUCAGUUGCUUUGCCUUUUUGAGCCUUACAGAAGCAUUUGUACAGAACCACAAGAGUGACUUCUUUGUUGCUACAACUUCACUAGUCCCAACGCUGCAACGGAAGGAGCCACCUUCACUUGUUUUAGUAGUGAUAGCAGUUCAGCAACCUGUUCAUCUGUUAUAAAACAUUAAACAAGAGCUGUGCACUCUAGUGUCGGAAAAGGCAGGAGCGGGUAUUCUUCUAAAACAUUAGUGUCUAACCUUUCUUUUAAUUAGGAGGAAGGGGUGAUAAGAGAAUCUGGCAGCACCUUUAAGACUAACUGGUUUUUAUUUUAGUUUGAGCCUUUGUGAAUAUAAAACCACUUCCUUGGAGGCAGUACAGAGUGAUAUUAAAGUAUGUUCAUACAGUUGUGGGAGUGGGAUUGAAUGUAAUAGGAUCCAGAAAGGUGCAAAUCAUGUUCUUGCCCUACAUUUUCAAAGGGCUGGGUGAUGUGAUACAAGACUUUCAGAUCUGUAAAGUGGUCAGUUUUGAUGUGUGAAAGCAAUACAUCAAUUUACCAAAAAGUGAGUUUCCCUAGAUUCAAAGCUCUCUCUGGGAAGAUUCCUUUUAUAAUAUGUGCAGUAGUGAGGACACUUGUAUGAGAAUGUAUGUAGUUCCCCAUGAAACCAGUGUCUAAUCAUACCUCUGCUAAUGGUUUGGAAUUUGUGAAUAUGUGUCCUAGUCCAACACUCAGACCACUAUGACUCUUCUUGUAUAUGGUUUACCAAACCUAAAAGAAACUAUGUUUUAAAAGACUUCUAGGAAUUAAAAAAGCAUGGUAGGAGAAGCUGUUUUUCAUCACAAGCAUUAUCCAACUGAAACACACACCAAAUGCAUCCCACUCUGUUACAGAAGGUUGUGAGGUUUGCUUUUCCUGAAGUGAGAUUUUAGGUUUGCAUGGAUGCCUCCUGAACUUUCAGAGGAGCCUUGAUAUCCUUGUUUAUGCUACUGAAGUGCAGGUGGUUUUUGUGGGGGAUCAUAUUUGUGUCCAACAGGAAAACAAAAGCAUUUCAUUCUCUCCGAAGAUGAAAACAUUAACAUACAUUUGAAAUAAGCCCUUGCCACAGCCAGAGAAUCUGCCUAGCUUCACUUGCAUGUUUGGAAGCUGUUCUGAUUUUAUAGUGUAAAACAAUAUUUUAAAUAAUAAAUCAUUAUUCCUUGUAAUACA